AUGUCGACGUGUCCGCCAGUUUUUGCUCAAUUUGAAUAUUUCACCUAUAUCGAAAUGGCUAAUAAAUCAGUGUACAUGGCGAUACCAAAAAGUGAGUCAAAGAGAAUUCGAGGACACUUGAAAUCAAUAAAUUUCCAGAUGAUGUAAACGUUGAUGAGAUCAUCGUGAAAAUCCUGAACGUCGGUGUAUCCGGUCUAACAUUCUCCUCAAUCGUUUCCGCGCAAGAAAUGGCGAAUUUAUUAGAUCUAGCCAAACCAUUAUUCAUGUCACAAGGUUCGAUGGUCGAAGUCGAGGCUCCCGUCAAAAUUUGCGGUGAUGUUCACGGUCAAUACGCCGAUGUUCUUCGAUUAUUUGAUCGUGGCGGUUUUCCACCAAUCGUCAAUUAUUUAUUUCUCGGUGAUUAUGUUGAUCGCGGACCACAAAGUCUUGAAGUCGUCACGCUAUUCAUUGCUUACAAGAUCAAAUUUCCUGGCAACUUUUUCUUGCUACGUGGCAAUCAUGAAUGCGGUGCAAUUAAUCGUGUUUAUGGUUUUCUGGAAGAGGUUACAAGAAGAUAUGGGCCGAAAUUGGGAGCGAGUUUGUGGAACUCUUUUCAAUUGACGUUUGCGUGUAUGCCGUAUACGGCAUUGGUUUCGGGAAGAAUUCUUUGUAUGCAUGGAGGGGUUAGCAAACGGGUUAGUUACGGAAAAUAUUUGGGCUGAUUUACGAGCGAAAAAAAUAUUUAAAACAUGUUUUUCAGCCAAAAAUGAUGACAAAUCGAUAUUUUUCAAGCUUCUGGAGUGAUUUCUGAUUAAAAUUGACCUUGAAAUUCAUUUUCCAGAAGGUUUUGCUGAUGAAUUUCGAAAAAAUUCAUAAAAGGGUUCUCGAAGCUUAUUUUCAUCAGAAAUCACUCCAGAAGCUUGAAAAUAUCGAUUUUUCAUCAUUUUUGGCUGAAAAACUCGAAAUACUAAUUUUGACCUACGACUUUUCGUGAAUUGAUCUUUCGAUGUUAAAAAACAUUUUUUUUUUCGUUGAAUCAGCCCUUUAGGAAAAUAUUUGGGCUGAUUCACGAGUGAAAAAAAUGUUUUUUUAACAUUGAAAGAUCAAAUUUCGAAAAAACAUCGUAGGUCAAAAUUAGUUUUUCGAGUUUUUCAGCCAAAAAUGAUGACAAAUCGAUAUUUCUGAAGCUUCUGGAGUGAUUUCUGAUGAAAAUUGACCUUGGAAUUCAUUUUCCAGAAGGUUUCGCUGAUGAAUUUCGAAAAAAUUCAUAAAAUAAAGAAAAAUAGGGUUCUCGAAGCUUAAUUUCAUCAGAAAUUACUUGAAAAAUAUCGAUUUGUCAUCAUUUUUGGCUGAAAAACUCGAAAAAAACAUUUUUUUCGUUCGUGAAUCGACCUUAUUCGGAAUUUGCCACGUCAUAGCUUGAAUUUAUACUAAUUUCCAGAUGAAAUCACUCGAUCAACUUCGCAAACUUCCCCGUCCAGUCCUCGAUGUUCCAAUUCCAUCGCUCGAAACCGAUCUUCUCUGGUCCGAUCCCGAUGAACAAGUAAAAGGUUUCGAAGAAAAUACCAGAGGAGUUGGCCAAGUUUUUGGAGCCGAAGCACUUUCCGAAAUCACCGAACGUCUUGAUGUCGAUUUGAUAGCUCGUGCUCAUCAAGUCGUUCAAGAUGGCUACGAAUUUUUUGCCAACAAAAAACUGGUCACAAUAUUUUCGGCACCACAUUAUUGCGGAAGUUUCAACAAUGCGGCGGCUAUGAUGAAUGUUGAUAAGAAUUUGACGUGCAGUUUUCAAAUUAUGCGCCCAGUUUCGAAAUUGAUGAAACAAGCUUGAAAUGAUGUUUGAGGUGAAUAAAGUUUUGCGAUGAAAAAAAUAUUUUUGAAACAGUAAAUUUUCAUUUGGAAAUUUGAAAAAUACAAUAUUUCAGUUAUCUUACAAGUUCGAAUUAUCACAACAACAUUUUUGAACCGUCAAAAAAUAUUUAAAGUUUUUGAAACAGUAGAUUUUUUUAGAAUUUCAGUAUCAAAUUCAUAUUUAAAAAAAAAAAUCGAAAAUUCUGAUUCAGAGGAAAUUACUUGGCUGAAAAUCGAAAUUCUGAAAAAAAAUUCAUCAUUUUUCGAAAAAAAAAUUCAAGAAACUCAAAAUUUCAGUUCGAUCAAGAAAAUAGAUUAAAUUAGUCACAAAUGUUAAUUUUGAAACAGUGAAUUUUUGGAGGAAAAAAUUUCGAAUUUGAUAAGUUUUUCAACAACAAUUCUUGAUUAAAUUUAAAAAAUCAAUUUUCCAAAUCUCUUUUCCCUGAAACAGUGAAUUUUUGCAGGAAAAUAAUGUGCUUCUUCAAAAAGCUUCAAAAAUGUUGAUUCGAGACGAAUAUUCGGAUAUUGAAAAUGGAAAAGCGAUUUGGAUCUUGUGGAGAGGAAAUUGGUGGGUUUUUUCCGGGGAAUUUGGUUUCAAAAUGCUCCUCUGGGGAAUCUGA